AUGGGCAGCAACGCAUCACAUGGAGUCGGAGUUGUGGAAACCGCCGCAGCGACUGCAGCCAAAGUUACGGAUACCGCUGCCGCCGGCGAUAAACCGAAAUGCAAGGCGUGCUGCGCUUGUCCCGAGACGAAACGUGCACGUGACCAAUGCAUUGUGGAAAAUGGCGAGGAAAACUGCACGAAACUCAUCGAGGCGCAUAAACAAUGUAUGCGAGACCAGGGAUUCAAAAUCUAAUUGGUCGACUGAGCGUGGGAAAGGCGUCGCGCGGUGUACUUAGAAGGAAUAUUUCAG